AUUUAGAAGCAGACCAAGACCGCGCGCCGGCAAACCUAGGGGAGCCAAAGGGUGUGCUGAGCCCCGGGGUACCCAUCACAGUCCGCAACCGGAGGGCAGCCGCUGCGGCCGUGUGAGGCAGGCCCAGCAGUGACUCCUUCACCAUGGACCAGCAGGUGCCUGUAUAUUGAGCCCGAGCAGCAAGAGGGUGAGUCCCGGAGCUGUAACCUGCAGAGCUACCUUAUCCCACCCUGGGUCGCUGCCAUGGCCUGGCGGGUGCUACUGGUUGUACUGUUGUGCAUGCUGCGCUUCAGAUUAGGCACCCCAGAUUCUGAGGGCUUCCUGCCUCCAACACUCCAUAACUGUCCUUACAAAUGCAUCUGCGCUGCCAAUCUGUUGAGCUGUGCGGGCCUCGGGCUACAGGACGUGCCAGCCACAUUACCCUCAGCAGCUGAAGACCUCGAUCUGAGCCACAACGCACUCAGGCUCCUCCGCCCUGGCUGGCUCGCGCCCCUCUCCCGGCUGCGCGCCUUGCACCUGAGCCACAAUAAGCUGGAUGUGCUGGGUCGCGGCAUCUUUAGCAACGCCAGCCGCCUGAAGCUGCUGGACCUGUCGGCUAAUGCUUUGCGGGCACUUGGCCGCCACGACCUUCACGGGCUGGGAGCACUGGAGACGCUGCUUCUGUUUAACAACCGUCUGACACGCUUGGACGAGCAUGCUUUCCAUGGCCUAAGAGUGCUUGGCCACCUCUACCUGGGUUACAAUGAACUCUCCUCCUUCUCUUUCAACCACUUGCAUGGCCUGGGCACGACCCACCUGCGUACCCUGGAUCUGUCUUCUAACCAGCUGGGACUAAUCUCCAUUUCAGAGCUAGCCAUACUGCCAGCCUUCCUCAAAAAUGGGCUUUAUUUGCACAACAACCCACUACCCUGUGACUGCCGCCUCUACCACUUGCUGCAUCGCUGGCACCAGCGGGGGCUGAGGGCCGUGCGAGAUUUUGCCCAUGAGUACACAUGCCUGGCCUUCAAGGUCCCUGCAUCUGGUGUGCGGUUCUUUGAGCACAGCCGCAUCUUUGAGAACUGCUCAGCAGCCCCAGCCUUGGGCCUAGAGCAGCCUGAAGAGCAGCUACAUGCACAGGUGGGUGGGUCCUUAAGGCUCUACUGCAACACCAGUGCCCCAGCAGUGAGUGUUGCCUGGGUCUCACCACAGCACGAGCUGCUCCUGGCACCAGGAUCUCGUGAUGGCAGCAUUACAGUGCUGGCAGACGGCAGCUUAGCCAUCAGCACUGUGCAGCAGGAGCAUGCAGGCAUCUUUGUGUGCUUGGCCACUGGGCCCCACCUGCACCACAACCAGACUCUUGAAUACAAUGUCAGUGUGCACUUUCCACACCCAGAGCCAGAGGCUUUCAACACUGGCUUCACCACGCUGCUGGGCUGUGCUGUGGGCCUGGUGCUCGUGCUGCUCUACCUGUUUGCGCCGCCCUGCCGUGGCUGCUGCCACUGCUGUUGCCGCUGCCGGGUCUGCUGUGGCCGCCACUGGCUCCGAGCACCCAGCCCACUCCAGGAGCUAAGCGCACAGUCCUCUGUGCUCAGCACCACAUCUCCAGAUGCACCCAGCCGCAAGGCCAGUGUCCACAAGCAUGUGGUCUUCCUGGAGCCCAGCAGGAGGGGCCUCAAUGGACGAGUGCAGCUGGCAGUUGCCGAGGACUUCGAUCUCUGCACUCUCUCAGGCCUGCCACUUCAGGCAGGCUCUGAGUCUGUCAGCUCCACGGGCUCAGAGGGGCUCAUGAUGACCUAGGCUGCCCAGGGCCCACCCAGGCUGUGGCCCUUCUGCUUGUCAUGCUCCCUGCUGCUGUUCAUAGGACUGCCAGGCGCUGGUGGGCUGAACCUGGCCCCCUCGCUCCUGUAUGGGCCUUCACGUGAACCUAGGGGCCUUACUCCCUGGCAGAAGAGUUGGAGUCCCUAAACUGCCUUCUGCGCUGCCUAACACAGGGCCCUGAGGCCCUGGCACCUGAUGCCUGCUUUUCCUAGACCUUCCGAAGCCCAAAUGUCCCAUGAGGAUUGGGGACCCAGCCUACUCGGAAGACCACUUGCAUUUAAAAUGUACUCAGAACAGUUGAGAGUGAGCCCACGGGGAAGGGGAAGAGGGCCACCCCGGGCAGGAGGCAGCAUAGAGUCUUUCUUCUUCCCUUGGGUGAAACAGUGUCCUCAGUCCACCAGCAUUCAACUCACUAAAUGCUUCAACCAUCAGUCUCAAGACACCCUUGGGGCACUGAGUCCCGGUCAGAAUGGCACUGCUUUCUCUAGCCAGGGGCAUCCAGCAGUCACUCUGAAGGCAGAGCCCAUCCCAAGGGUCCCACACAGCAGUAAAUAGCUGGUGAGCAGGCCAAGCUGGGAAGGCCCAGUCAGUACUUGCUGUCUCUCAAGGCAGAAGCCUCUUAAAGGUUGCUGCUGGUACAUCUUACCACUCCCACUGCAGGGGGAAAGGAAAGGGGUCUGGGAGCCCCUCAGGUAUGGGGGGCUGAGCUGGGGAUCCCUGUGGCUGUCCUAGCCUUGUUGUUGCAGAUUUCCUUAAUAAAGGCAGUACCUGCUUACUGCUGAAGCUUUGCAGACGCAGGA